GGUCACAACAAAAUGGCGGCGUCCAAGAGGAAACAUGCUAGUGGGCAGCCUUGUAUCAUCCCCGGAGGAUUCGCAGUCUUGUCCCUGAAGUUCAGCUCCGACUCCGCAGCUCAACACAAAGUUUAUGUGAAAGAGCACAAAGUUCGAGCAGAGAAGAAUUCACACAGACCUCUGGACCGGACGUUGUUUGUCCUCAACAUCCCCCCGUACUGCUCCGAGGCCGUUGUCACCGAGUUAUUCUCCCAGUUCGGCUCCGUUCAGUCGGUGGAGCUCAGAGACCAUCCAGGCUCCUUCCAGGAGUCCGGACCCAAACUGAGCAAGCUCUUCAGACCAGCUGAGAAGAAGGGUUUCAAAGUGGGAUAUAUCGUGUUCCAAAAAUCCUCCAGUGUAAGUUCAGCUAAAUCCCACCCGGCUGACGAGCCCCUGGUGGUCUGCACCGAGCAGCGUCCCGUGAAGACCGGAGUACAGAAAUGGAUUCAGCAGUACACAGAGUCUUUCAUUCAGCCGGACAAGCUACAGCAAAAGGUUGACUCCUUCAUGGAGGGCUACGACAAGCGGAAGAGAGAGGCGGAGGAGAAGCAGAAGGAGGAGGCCGAGCAGGAGCAAGAGGACGAAGAGGGCUGGGUGAAAGUCACUAAAGGUCACAAGGGCGCCAAGGCCCGUCCCCACAGUGAGGCGGCCAAUAAGAGGACUCUACAGAAAGAGAUCAGGAAGAAGAAGAGGAAGGAGCUCAUGAACUUCUACUCCUGGCAGCAGAGGAACACACAAAAAGAACAUAUUGCUGACCUAAGGAAAAAGUUCGAGGAGGAUAAACAGAAAAUCGCUCUGCUGAGACAACAGAGGAAGUUCAGACCUUACUGAGUCGACUACCAAGAUUCAUAUUCACUCAUUUCACGGCUUCUCUUUUUGUUAAACCUUUAUUAUAAAAGGAAUGUGUUAAUAAACUGUUAUUCUGAUUCACUA